CAGCGAGAGUUCCGGAGGCUUCCUCUUUUCCCCUUUCUACAGUUGAGAGCAGGCGAAAAGGGCGACAGCGGCGCGGAAGUGUUUCCGGCGGCGAUUCCGGUGAUCCCCUUCCUCUCCGACGGCCAGUCCGGCGUCGGAGAGGAAGAUGGAUCAGGGAAUCGCCGUGCGGAUGUGAAUAGAUUAGGUAGAUGUCUAUCUAGGUCUAGGUUUUGCUCGGCGCGGGUGGUCGGCGUCAGAGCUAGGGUUUUCUCGCCGCCGGUUAGCGACGGCGGAGCCAGGUUGACUGGGAGUGGUGGUCGUCGGGAGCCACUUCGUCAGCAAAUAAAGGCCUCCUCUAGGGGCAUCGGUGCCUGCUGGAUUUCCUCCGGCGGCGUCACUUUGAGGUAUGUUUGCUCGGGAAAAAAAAGAAUCGGACCCGAUGGGCGCCGCAUCGCCGGACACCGGCGACCUCAUCCUGGUGGAGCCGGCGCGGCCGGGGUCCCCGGUCGCCGUGGUGACCAUCAACCGGCCCGCGGCGCUGAACGCGCUGACGAGGCCCAUGAUGGUCUCCCUGGCGGCCGCGUUCCGGCGGCUGGGCGCCGACGACGCCGUCGCGGCGGUCGUGCUCGCGGGCCGCGGCCGCGCGUUCUGCUCCGGGGUGGACCUGACGGCGGCGGAGGAGGUGUUCAAGGGUGACGUGAAGGACGUCGCCACCGACCCCGUCGCGCAGAUGGAGCUCUGCCGCAAGCCCAUCGUCGGCGCCGUCGCCGGGUUCGCCGUCACCGCCGGGUUCGAGAUCGCCCUCGCCUGCGACAUCCUCGUCGCCGGGCGCUCCGCCAAGUUCCUCGACACCCACGCCAAAUUUGGUAUAUUUCCUUCCUGGGGUCUUUCGCAGAAGCUUUCUCGCAUCAUUGGGCCGAAUAGAGCACGGGAAGUGUCGCUAACCUGCAUGCCUGUUACUGCUGAAAUGGCUGAGAGGUGGGGGCUUGUUAACCACGUUGUGGAUGACACUGAGGUGUUGAAUAAGGCCAUACAGGUUGCCGAGGCUAUUGCAAGGAACAACCGCAACUUAGUCGUGUUAUACAAAUCGGUUAUAAAUGAUGGGUUUCAGCUGGACUUGAAGCAUGCUCAAGCACUUGAGAAGGAAAGAGGUCACAAGUAUUACAGUGGCAUGACAAAGGAGCAAUUCGCUAAUAUGCAGAAGUUCAUUCAGGGCCGGAGUUCUAAACCAUCACCGAAGCUGUAGCUUGUAGAUGUCAUGCUCUGUAUACCAGGGAACGGUCUGUGUAUGGUAUUCGGCUGCUAUAAGCGUGUUCAGUAGUACUGAAAAUAAACGAUGCCAGGUGUGACAUCAUAUAGAGACUGUCUUAUGGAAAUACUGCCUUCUUGCAUUCAAAGUUGCGGAGCAGUGAUCCCCACCCUGCAAA